AUGCCGCGAGUAUCACGUCGCUACGUAAAGAGCGAGCAUGAUGAAUCCGAGGAGGAAGCUUUACCACCGAUGUCCCCAAACACCCAGAAGGACCAUCAUUUGAAAAUGAUUCAGCGGAUGGAUCUGUCCGAGAAAAACGCAGACGCGAUCAAGACAAGCGACUACCCCAACCGUCCCCGUCUAUUUACUACGCUCUCUAUCACACCAGAAUGCAACAUCGAAGGUACUGAAGCAGCUCGAAUUGCUAGCGCUAACAAAGCGCCCACGACUAAGUGGCAGACGUUCGGACAGAGCGACGAAGCCGUUGACGUUCUUUUCAACCAAAAACAAAUCAGCAAUGGCAAUAAACAUCGUCAUGCCUUGGAGGAACAGAAGAAAGAAGAGGAGGCACGUCUAGGGCAUAAGCUUAGCCUCGCAGAUACAUACAACGAGUAUGGUGGCAAUCGAAGAGCUGGGAAGAGAGUUGCUUCUCUUCAUUCCCGCCCUGCGGCAGCCGCGCGUCCAGUUCCUGCUGUGCCAAAGGACUCAGGGUUUUGGGAACUCGGUAAAGGGAUGCAGGUAGGGCCCUUGCCUCCGCCAGCUCUCGAGGGCACGGCAUCUAUGGCGCUGGCUAUGCAGCUCGAUGAACCAGUUACCAAAAUGGGUGCGACCAAGGUGUCUGCCAUGCCCGCAGCCCCUCCUGUCGCUGUCAAUGCAGCUGAUCUUAAGCGACGUGCUCUUGCUCUACCAGCCAAGUCUUACAGCUUCAACCUGGUGGAAGACCCGUCACAGUUCAUGUCGUCUAUCAAAGGCAAGUUGUCAACCUGGUCGCACGAGACACAGGCGGAAGCUCCUGGGAUGCCAACUUCUACCACAAGUGCAGUUCAAGGCACCUUGGCAGCACCUUCUACCAUGCCUCCUGUUCACCCCGAACAGAUUUCCGGUGGAUAUCUUCAUGACCCCUCUAUUCGCCGAGUUCCGAUCGGUGAACUCUCCUUCUCUGUGGCCAAUGCUCUGGCUCCAGGCAAUGUCUCGACUCAUACAGAUGGUGCUCCGAGCUCCGCAGCCCUUUCUGGCUUUUCGGCCUCAGCCACAGACGAAAAGUCUCCAACUGGAAUUCAAGCAGUCACCGAUGAUCUGAUUGGCCUUGGUAUCGAAAAUGCUACUUUGUCCGGCACUCUUCCCAUGGCAACAGUGCAUAGCGCAGGUGGUGCCCUGCAGGCCAGUCCACUAUCUCCCAGUGGGAGUCUCUUGGACUCACCUGUCCCUGACAAGGUCAGCAGCGAGGUUCUUCCAGCCCAAGCUGCUAAAGUUGUCGUCGUCCAUGGUCAUCGCUACGUUCACGAGUCGGAGUUGUUCGCUCUCAAGAAGGCCAUUAUAGAACAAUUCAGCAACACCACUGCCAACCUUGUCGGUGAUCUUCUACCUUCUAAGCCAUCGCCCAAUGCUGUUCCAGCCACUCAGCGGUCCUUGCCGACUUUGACUGUCCCGUCCUCUAUUACAGCUACUGCACCUCUUGCCAGCCGUCCUGACAACCCGUUCGCCCCUCGCGAGCCACUGGCAACAAACAACUCCAACAUAUCGCAAGUCUCUUCCACUAUCAGCAAAGACACUAGCAAACCGCCUCCCACAGCGAAGCCAGCUGCUCGACCUUCUUCAAUUGUCACAAGCAACAAGACUGUCUUUUCCAAGUGGGCUGAUGAGCCAGCUGCUCGUCCUUCUUCAGUUGUCACGAGCAACAAGGGUAUCUUUUCCAAGUGGGCUGACGAGUCAGCUGCUCGACCUUCUUCAGUCGUCACGAGCAACAAGGCUAUUUCUUCCAAGUGGGCUGAUGAACCAGCUACUCGUCUGAGUAAUCCUACUCGUGCACCUGUCGUCCGUCCUUCAUCGCCGAUAAUUGGUGAUCGCAAGGUUUUCGGCCAUCUCUCGAAGGAAGCGGCUGCGGGCCAGAAAUAUGAUCCUCCACAACCCAAACCAAAACAACCUGUGACGGGCAAGCGUCGAUAUGAGCCUCCCGGCCCUGGAUUGACGCGGUUGCUUCAAGAGAUCGCUGAGGCCAAACAAGAGAGUCCUGCUCCAAAGGAUCAAGACGAGGAGUUGUGA